AGGCAAAAGCCGAAGCAUGUCUAACCUGAUAAACUAAUAAAAUGUUUUUUUCAAUAUAGUUUACUUUUUAAAUAACUCAAUUUGAGUUUUUUUAUUUAUUCACAUUUUUAUGUGUAUAUGUCUUUAAAUCUCACCUGGUCUACCUGUCAUGUGAGUAGUCACAUGACAGGAAAUAGGAAGUACCAGCAUAAGGAAGACAAAGGUGUAAACUUUCCAUUCCGGAAUACACUUUGGAUAUAAAUUUGAUCAGAUUGCAUAUAAAUUAGUGGAUACAUUUAUUUAACUGUUUCAGGGUAUGGUACAAAUGGACUCAUGCUUAAGUUUCUGUUUUUAUUGUAUUGUUUUAAGUUACACCAUUUAUAUUUAUUUCACUCUAUAUUUCAUUCUUUUAGCGCUUUUUAAAUGUCACACCUUAAGGUCUGACCUCGAAUUCAUCAUUGUAACUCAUCCGUUAAGUUAUUUGGUGAGAGAUGAAUACACAGUGAAUAGACUUUUACCUCAAACAACAUCACACAUUGGGGACAGGUGUAUGCUGGAAAGAACCAAGACAACAGGAAUGAGGGCUUUAAAAAAUACCUGAUGUGAAUACACACAAGGUAACGCAUACACACAUCAGACAUAUAAAGAACCUUCAGAAACGACAAAGAGAUCACUGCAUAACACCCCUGGAGCACCACAACCGAUGUACUAAUCUACCGUCGACUGAAAGAGGAUUAUCUGAUAACCCUGAGUGCUGUCAACUGUGUCUGCAAAAGAAUGUUGAGAACAAGUUCAACUGGAGCUCUGCUGUGUCGUCUAGCUGGUAUUGUGGUGGUUGUUGGUUUUGUCUCUUUAAACCCCAUGUGUUUCUAUAAUUCUAGAAUUUCGAUCAACCAUUCACCCCCAUUGCCUGCACCUAAACAAUGUUUAGAAAGACUCAAUCCAGAGACAAAACUCUCUUUUACGAAGGAAGAGAAACCAAUACUGUUGUUAUGGGUCUGGCCUGAAAACUACACAUUCGAUUUGAGUGACUGUAAAACUAUUUACAAUAUUGAAAGCUGUCAGCUGACUGAUGACAGAUCUCUCUACAACAAUUCAGACGCUGUCCUUGUUUUUCAUAAGGCUAUUUGUCAGAACCUGACCAACCUUCCACCUUCUCCUCGGCCCCCGUUCCAGAAGUGGAUAUGGAUGAAUGUAGAAUCCCCAACUAACACAAAGAAAGUGCCAGGGAUUGAAAACCUGUUUAAUUUGACUCUCACCUAUAGAGAGGACUCUGACAUUCCUGUGCGGUUACGACUAAACAGCAAAAAGAUCCCAGAUGACAAUUUUAAAAUCCCCAAGAAGGACAAAUUGGUCUGUUGGAUAGUAAGUAACAAAAAUUUUACAACCGGUGUCCGGAAAAGAAUCACUUACUAUAAAACACUUAGAAGGUACAUCAAGAUACACGUUUAUGGAAAAGUACGUGGAUCGUUCAUGGAUUAUAAGGAUUACUAUCCCACCAUAGCUAGCUGCAAAUUUUAUCUCUCGUUUGAGAACUCCAUUCACAAGGACUACAUCACUGAGAAGUUAAAUGGACCUCUGUCAGUAGGUACGGUACCUGUGGUGCUGGGACCUCCCAGAAAAAACUAUGAAAAGUUUGUACCAAGUGACUCCUUUAUUCAUGUGAACGACUUCCCGGAUGCAAAGUCACUAGCAAAAUAUCUCUUGUACCUGGACAUGAAUAAUGAUGCAUAUCGCAAGUAUUUUAACUGGAGGAGAUAUUUCUCAGCACAACCUCAUUUAAUAUUAAAGAACCAAGAGUUUAUUCUGUCUAUUUGCACGGCCUGUGAUUAUGUAGGAAAACACAGGGAAUAUAACGUAGCUCAUGAUAUUUAUGAGUGGUUUUUCAGUUAACGUCACAUCAGAUUAGAUGCUAUCUGUAGUUCUGGCAUCUCUAUCGCCAUCUCUGUUUAAAUAAAAGAUUUCAUCCAUAUACAUUCAUAUGAAGACUUUGUACAUAUAUUCUACUGUACUGACAUUUACUUGGCCCAUUGUGUUGUAAGUUUUCUGCAGAACAAAUACCAUUCUCGUUUAUAAAUUCCUUUUUUCUAAUCUGUAAAAUGAUUAUAGUAAACUGUGGAGAGUUGUUACACUAAACAUUUCAGUGCAUGUCGUACUGUAUGGAUGUGUAUGUGACCAAUAAAACUUGAAACAUACUGCAACCUGUAAUAUUACAGCAAAAAAAUGUUUCAAUGAAGAUAAAGAAUUUUCAUUGCAAAACUAAGA